UUUCUUUUUUUUUUUUAAGGGAGAGAGAGAAGAGAGAGAGAGAGGCCAGAAGGGAAAUAAAGUGACACUCUUUUCCCCAAUUCAAAGAAGAAAUAUUUAUGGGAUUUUUCAAAUUUUUGAAUUAUUUUGGAGAGGGUAGAAGAAGAGAUCAUAGGAUGAAGGCAUUCCAUUUAAUUCAAACAGCUUAUUACAGCCUUUUUCUUGUAGGAUUUUGAAGCUUGGAGAGACAACUAGCUAGUUAAUAAGGAGGUAAUAACAUGUUUUAAAAGUUUGUCGAAAUCGAAUUUUCGGCAUUGCAUUCGACGAAGUUCUUGAUCUCUUUCGAUUCUCCGGGCGACGAUGAACAAGUAUGCUUGCUCUUGUUCUUUCAUUCUUUGUCCAUUUUAAUUUCUAUCGAAGUUUAAGACACUUUCUCUUUCGGGUUUCACACGGAUGCCUUCGAUUCGAUGAGUUUUCGACACAAGAAUACAUUUUUAAAAUUUCUAAGUGUGUAGUUUUCAUUCAUAUCGAAAAAAUAAUGGGCAAGAAGGGAGGCAGCUGGUUCUCAGCAAUCAAAAGAGUCUUUACAAAGGACAGGGAAUCGAACGGAUCAUCAGAUGACAAAUUUUACAGCAGCAAAGAAAGAAAGAAAGGCAAAGGAAUUCUCAGCCAUGGAGAGGCCAGAUCAUUCAUUCCUCUGUUCCGAGAGCCGAGCAGCGUCGAAAAAAUAUUAGGCGAAGCCGAUCAUCUCCUAAUCAAGCCUCCGACGACGACAUAUUUUCAUCAAUCGAAGAAUGCGAAUUUCCUCAAAGCUGAUAAAGUUUCUUCUUCGAGGAUCGAUUCUUUUCCGUCGAUUUCUGCUCCGCGAGGCGGAACUUCGUCAUGGCUGAAUAAGGUAACUCAAAGACAGAGGGAAGCUAACCAUUUGCAGAUGUUUGAUCCAAUUGUGAGAAAUAGGAAAGCUUUGGCAGCCAUUAAAAUCCAAGCUGCAUUGAGAGGUUACCUGGCGAGGAGGAACUUCCGAGCUUUGAGAGGCUUGGUGAGGCUUCAAGGAGUCGUGAGAAGCGAGAACGUAAAGCAACAGACGAUGAACGCGAUGAAGCAAAUGCAGCUUUUGGUGAGGAUUCAAACGCAGAUUCGAUCGCGACGGAUGAGCGCAAUCGAAAGCCAGACGCUCUAUCGAUGUAAUGAUACUGUCGAGUCGGAGGCCACGAGUGCGCGCAACGGCGAAUGGGACGAUAGCAUGCUAACGAAACAAGAAAUCGAAGCGAGGCGACGGAAGAAAGUCGAGGGGGUCGCGAAGAGGGAAAGAGCCAUGGCCUAUCAAUACUCUCACAAACUAUGGAGAACAAAUGCGAUAUCUGGCGUAAAUCCUCUCGACGACGACGUUCGAUCCAACGGGUUCCCGUGGUGGUGGAGCUGGUCCGAGCCACGGCCGCCUCCAACGAGCACCUCUCAGGCGAAGAUCGCUGCGUCGACAACCUCUCCAAUGCUAAUUCCACACAACAGACCAAAAUCUCAACCGAACAAUCGCGGCAAUCGCGACUCAACCGUGUCACCGUCGCCAAUGUCGACAACCAUCGUAGACGGAGGCAAACAAUAUCGGACGCCUCCGCCGGACGACACCCCGAUGAGAGACGACGACAGCCUCACGAGCUGCCCGGCAUUUUCGGUGCCGAACUAUAUGAGCCCGACGGUCUCGGCGAAGGCGAAGGCGAAGUCGCGAGCAACGAGCAAUCCGAAGGAGAGGCUUCCGGUUGGGACUCCGCUUAACGAUUCGAAGAGGAGGUUUUCGUUGCCGUUGGUUUCGAACAUUGGCUCGAUCAAGUGGACUAGUAAAGCGCCGUUGAAAAAAGGCGGCGCGGAAGCUUCGUCGGAGAUGAAAGCGGCGGCGGCGACGGCAGCGAAACAUCGGCGUUCGAUCGGAGAUUUCAGCGUGGAUUCGGCGAUCUCCAUGCCUGCUGCAGUUGGGAGAAAGCCCUUCAACAGAUUUGUUUGAGUUCAUAUGCAGCUGUGUUUAUUGAUGAUCAAUCUUUAUUUUUCAAUUUUUUUUUUAUUUUUUUAUUUUUUUUAAGGGUGUUUUGAUUUUAAAUUUGCAUGAUUUUUACAUGCUUUGCGUGAUGUUUUUGAUUGCUGAAAUAAUGACCAAACUAUUAUAGAAUACAAAUAA